AUGGAAAAUGAUUAUGCGAAAGAUUAUACACAUGCUCCAAGAAAACUGAGGGACAUUCCUGCCUUUACUGCAUCUUUAUCAGCUCCAAAAAGUGUUGGAAAACAUGAAAUUUUAAAGUUUGAUACAGUUUGGACCAAUAAUGGAAAUCACUAUAAUCCCAGCACUGGUAUAUUCCAAGUUCCCAAAGAAGGACUGUAUCAAGUGUCUGCUACAGUCAUGUCUGCAAAUGGAAAAGCUAUUUUUGUAAAGCUAUGGCAGAAUGAUACAAAGAUGGUUGGAUUGUACCCUGGUACUGGUUAUAGUGAGGCCACAAUUAACAUGGUGUUACAUCUGAAGAAAGGGGACACGGUUACAGUCAGAGGGGAAGAUGGUCAACUUCAUAGCAGCAGUCAUUACUACAGCACAUUCUCGGCUUUUUUUAUUUCAUAA